AUGUGUGGCCCCAGAACAUGUUCUUGUUAUAGAGGAUACAAACACAGCUCCCAAAAUCAAUACGUUUGCCAUCCAGUGUGUUCGACACCAUGUGCCAGAGGAAUAUGCGUAGCUCCAGAAACUUAUUCUUGCUAUAUUGGAUUUGAACUGAGUAAGAAAAAUUGUCAUGUUUGUGAAGCAGUUUGUUCUACACCAUGCUCUAAUGGCAAGUGUGUAGCUCCAGAAAUUUGUUCUUGUUAUGACGGAUACGAACUGAGUACGAAAAAUCACUACGUGUGUGAACUAGUCUGUACAACACCCUGUUCUAACGGAAAAUGUCUAGCUCCAGAAACUUGUUCUUGUGAUGAACGAUAUGAAUUGGCCGAAGACAAUCAACAAGUUUGCAAACUAGUUUGUUCUGUUCCGUGUUCUAAAGGAACAUGUAUCGCACCAGAAAUAUGCUCUUGUGUUAAUGGUUACGAAUUAAACAAGACGAAUCAAUACAUCUGCAACCCAAUUUGUUCCCAAACGUGUUCUAAUGGAACGUGUGUAGCUCCAGAAAUAUGUUCUUGUUAUAACGGGUAUGAAUUCAGCGACGAAGAUCAGUACGUUUGUAAACCUAAAUGCUUUUCGCAAUGUUCUAAUGGGGAAUGUGUAGCCCCAGAAAGAUGUUCUUGUUAUAGAGGUUACCAACGUAUCUUACAAAAUCCGUACGUGUGCUAUCCCGUAUGUUCUACACCAUGUAUUAGAGGAAUAUGCGUAGCUACAGAAACUUGUUCCUGCUAUGUUGGAUUUAAACUGAACAAUAAAAAUCGCUCUGUUGGUGAACCAGUUUGUACAACACCAUGUUCUAAUGGCAAAUGUGUAGCUCCAGAAACUUGUUCUUGUGACUACGGUUACACACUGAAUGAAAACAACCAAUACAUAUGUGAUCCAGUUUGCUCCACACCGUGUUCCAAUGGAAGUUGCGUGUUCCCAGAAACAUAUUCAUGUGAUGAUGGUUACGAACUGAGCGAAGUCAGUAAAUUCGUUUGUGAUCCAGUGUGUUCCGUGUCUUGUUUUAAUGGAAUUUGUGCUGCUCCAGAAAUAUGUUCUUGCAAUGCAAGCUACAGAGUGAGCGCGAAAAGUCCAUUAAUUGCGAACCAGUUCCAUGUUCUGAUGGAACAUGUGUAG